AUGGAUCCCCAGAUCCCCCAGCAUGACUCUCAAACUCCGAGGUCGACCUACUUUGAGUUGAGCUGGUCGAUACUGAGCAGUAUUGGGCUCUUUGUUACCCUUGUUGGAGUGUGGACUCUGUUUAUCAGCCGACCAAGUCCAUUGACCUAUAUCCCGAUUGUAGUGUCUGUCUCCUGCGCGAUAGCCAACGGGGCCUGUUACUUCGCAUUCUACACCAACCAUGCAAUUCCUAAUAGAGCUGCUGCAAGCGGCUUUGCUGAUUUCUUUUGGCUUAUCCAAGAGGCUGGCCUCUCCUUCUACAGUUACCAAAUCUUAAUUCACACCCUCCGCAAUACCGCGCGUAUCAUCUUCCUCUGCGUCUUUUGGUUUCUCAUAUUCGCGAUUUCCGCCCUUCGCAUAACAAUCCUGGUCUACAGAGUCUUGGAUAUCGCUAGCGGCGCAGAUACCCUUCACUACGCGGGACCCUACCAGAGCCAAAUCGGCAAACUACACGUCGGGUAUUUUACAGCAAUCGCCGUCGUCGAGACUUGGAGCUCUUUCUUUCUUAUCCGUCUCCUUCACAAUGCCUACAGAGUCUCUCCCAAAAUUUCAUCCACCAGAUUUGUCUUUCUGUACCUUAUGCGCACAACUGAAAUCCGCGUCGCAAGCCUCUGUUUCAUCGGCAUCACCCGCGCAGUUACCUAUUCCACGCAAACCACGUCACAGUCUGCAACAACCGUUGCUGGGCAAAUCGACCGAUUCACAUAUACCAUGGAGUGUCUGUUCCCACUGGUCCUCUUGUAA